AGACAUACUCCAUGAAAGUCGAGGCCUUUAUUCCCGCGGUUUUAUUGCUCUGUUUUUGGGUUCUGUUGGGGUUAGGGACUUCGAGAAUGUUGCAGAUUGCUGAUGAAGGUCACGAGUCUAGGAGUUACAUAAGUUGGGAAGACUUGAGAGUUGUGGAAGAUGUUGGAACAGACAAGAGUUUUAGCAUUAAGCUGUAUAAUUGGAUGAUAACAAAUGCAAACGCAAACGCAAAGGCUGCGAAUAUGAGCAGAGUGAUUGUGGUUGAUAAGAAAGGAAGAGGAGACUCUGUAACAGUUCAAGGAGCUGUUGAUAUGGUUCCUGAUUCCAAUUCACAGAGAGUCAAAAUCUUCAUUCUUCCUGGGAUUUACAGGGAGAAGGUGAUUGUGCCGAAGACAAAACCGUACAUUUCGUUCAUAGGCAAUGAGAGUUAUGCGGAAGACACAGUCAUUAGUUGGAACGAUAAAUCUUCAGACCGUGACAGCAAUGGUGGUGAACUCGGCACUUUCAGAUCCGCCACUGUUUCCAUUGACUCUGAUUUCUUCUGCGCCACUGCCAUCACUUUCGAGAACACAGUGGUGGCAGAGCCGGGAGAGCUAGGGAAGCAAGCGGUGGCGCUGAGGAUUACAGGGGACAAGGCAAUGUUCUAUAAAGUUAGGGUUUUGGGAUCACAAGACACUCUCAAUGAUGCAAUUGGAUCUCACUACUUUUACCAAUGCCAUAUCCAAGGAAAUGUAGAUUUCAUCUUUGGCAACGCCAAAUCACUUUACCAGGCAAGAAUAAUCUUUCUUUUUCAAUCCUUCUGUAUAUCAGAACUACAGGACUGUGACUGUGACAUCCGCUCAACCGCAAAGAGAUUUGGCGCAAUCGCAGCUCACCAUAGAAUGAUGGAGAAUGAUGAUACCGGUUUCUCGUUUGUGAACUGCGACAUCGGCGGUACAGGGAAGGUUUACUUGGGAAGAGCUUGGGGAAACUACUCGAGAACUGUCUAUUCAAACUGUUUCAUAGAUGAUGUCAUCACUCCUGUCGGCUGGAAUGACUGGAACGACACUGACAGGCAAAGGAAGGUACUGUUCGGGGAGUAUAAUUGCAGGGGAAGAGGAGCAGAGAGAAGAGAUCGAGUACCAUGGUCCAAGAAUCUUACACAAGAUGAAGUCAAGCCUUUUCUUGGGAGAGAGUUCAUAUAUGGAGAUCAAUGGCUGAAACUC